AUGUGGUGUCGUGGUGCAGCGGAAAAAGUAAUCAAGCGCGUACCGUUGUAUAGGAGCGUGGGCUCGGGGUCACGGGGCGAAGGCCCCGGUGCGGUGGCAGCGGGCGCUGGGCUCCGGCCGCGCCCCUCGCCGACCACGUCGAUCUCCUCGUCCGAGUCGUCGGCCAGCUCCGCUGCCGGAGCCACCUUCCACUUCUUGGCCAUGAGGCAGCGCGGCAUGGCGGCGCCCGCAUCGGCCUCAGCGCGGCCGCAUCAGCGAAAGACAGACGAACAGAGGGAAAAAGAGAGAAAAGAGAAAGAGCGGCGCCCCGGGCGAGCGGCGUUACGGGCUUUCGCGCGCGUCCUCCUGCGUUGUGAGGGGUGCACGAGGUUCCCUCGGUAUAUAUGCGGCAGGGGGUGGUGCGCGCGCCGCACCUUCGAUCGAUGUGGGCGGCGGGCGGCCGACACCAUGCCGCACAAACUUUGGCGCGCCAACUUCGAGCGAUACUUUUGGGAGCUCCGACCCCGCGUUCAACCAGUGGGAACGGAC